AUGGUCAGUGACAGGAUGAUCGUGGUGGUAGUGGAUGGCACCUGGUCAUGCCUUGUGAUCGGUGAGCCGUCUGUUGCAUCACCCAACAUAUCGCCACCGGUCUGGGCACUCCUCCAAGAUGUGUCCGGAGUGAAAAACGGGAGUGACUUUGCACCUGACAAGCUUUCCAAAGAUGCUCCCAAGGAUUUCCAGAAUGACCCUAAUCUUGAGAUUGACUUUGUCAAAGAACAUCUUGCGUGUGGUGCGAGUCGCUCAUCAGUGUUUCUUUGUUGCAGUGUCGCUUUGGACGCCACAGCAUCAUAUCUGGAGUUUGGGGACCAUUGCCAUCACCCCAAAUGUACAUGCCAUAUCACUCUUGAUCAGCUCACCAAGAUACAAGUUGAUCCCAAUGACCACAUUUACUCCCUUGACCUCUCAUCCCAUACACAACAUGUCCUCGAAGUUUUGCACUGGCUCCGAAAGCAUUGCCAAUAUGCCAAACCGGAAAAGUGUGAAUUCUACUCUGACUCGGUUUUUGCAAGUUGGAGUACUGACAGAAUUGAAGGUGUGAUGUAA